GAAUAGAACAAAUGCAAGUGACCUAAUCUCGAUUAUUGGGAGGAGUGGAAGCGCACUUCGUAUGAGGUUGGGCUCAGGCUGUUUAAAUCUUUACAAUUAACAAAAGCCCAAAACCGAAAACCCCAAUUCAAAUCUUAAAAAUUCAAAACCACAGAAAUUCCUCACGAGAAAAUCACUCUAUUUUCUCUCUCUACUUUUUCAUCUCCUCUCUCUAAAACCUUCCACAGCCUCUAGGGUUUUCCCCACUUCGAUCUCUGCAAAUCCAUGGCGGAAGAAGCUGUCUCUUCUAAUCCAACUCAUUCUUCUUCUUCGGCUGCUCCUCUCGGUCACUCCGUGAUUCCGAUCGUCAACAAGCUCCAGGACAUCUUCGCGCAGCUCGGCAGCCAGUCCACGAUCGAGCUUCCGCAGGUGGCAGUGGUAGGAAGCCAGAGCAGCGGCAAAUCCAGCGUUCUUGAAGCGUUGGUUGGGCGAGAUUUCUUGCCCAGGGGGAGCGACAUUUGUACUCGGCGGCCGCUGGUUCUGCAGCUCUUGCAGACCAAGCGGAGGCCUGAUGGAUCCGAGGAGGAGUACGGCGAGUUCCUGCACUUGCCUGGAAAGAAGUUCUUCGAUUUCUCGGAGAUUCGCCGCGAAAUUCAGGCUGAGACAGAUAGGGAAGCUGGAGAAAACAAAGGUGUUUCAGAUAAGCAGAUUCGUUUAAAGAUAUUCUCGCCAAAUGUCCUUGAUAUCACACUAGUGGAUCUACCAGGCAUAACCAAGGUUCCAGUUGGUGAUCAGCCAUCUGAUAUCGAAGCAAGAAUUAGAACAAUGAUAAUGUCCUAUAUCAAACUCCCAAGCUGUCUGAUAUUAGCUGUUACACCGGCGAAUUCAGAUUUAGCCAACUCAGAUGCUCUUCAGAUAGCGGGAAAUGCUGAUCCUGAUGGUUAUCGGACCAUUGGUGUAAUUACAAAGUUGGACAUUAUGGACAGAGGUACCGAUGCCCGCAAUUUAUUGCUUGGAAAAGUGAUUCCCCUUCGACUUGGUUACAUAGGUGUUGUGAAUCGUAGUCAAGAGGAUAUUAUAAUGAACCGAAGUGUUAAAGAUGCGCUUGUGGCUGAAGAAAAGUUCUUUCGCAGUCGUCCAGUAUAUAAUGGCCUUGCUGAUCGAUGUGGUAUCACUCAGUUGGCAAAAAAGUUGAACCAGAUUUUAGUACAACAUAUCAAGACAGUGCUUCCUGGGUUGAAGUUGCGUAUGAACUCUGCGCUGGUUUCUGUUGCAAAGGAGCAUGCAAGCAUUGGAGAAAUCCCAGAAUCAAAGGCUGGUCAGGGAGCUCUACUCUUGAACAUUCUUUCUAAAUAUGCUGAAGCAUUCUCUUCAAGGGUGGAGGGAAAAAAUGAAGAAAUGUCGACUGCUGAGUUGUCAGGCGGAGCACGCAUUCACUAUAUUUUCCAAUCCAUCUUUGUGAAGAGUCUGGAGGAGGUGGAUCCAUGUGAGGAUUUGACUGAUGAUGACAUUCGAACUGCAAUUCAGAAUGCAACCGGCCCUAGAUCUGCAUUAUUUGUGCCAGAAGUGCCGUUUGAAGUUCUUGUGAGAAGGCAAAUAGCUCGUUUGUUAGAUCCAAGCCUUCAGUGUGCUAGAUUCAUAUAUGAUGAGUUAGUAAAGAUAAGCCAUCGCUGUCUGGUGAGUGAAAUGCAGCGGUUUCCUAUUCUGAGAAAGCGCAUGGACGAAGUUAUGGGAAACUUUUUGCGAGAAGGCCUUGAACCGUCAGAGACAAUGAUUGGGCACAUUAUUGAAAUGGAGAUGGACUACAUAAAUACUUCACACCCAAAUUUUAUUGGUGGAAGUAAAGCUGUGGAGAUGGCAUUGCAACAGAUUAAGUCCUCUAGGCUGCCUGUACCUGUAGCCAGGCAGAAGGAUGGUUUAGAGCCUGACAAGGCACCAACAUCUGAAAGAAGUUUGAAAGCUCGAGCUAUUCUUGCCAGACCAGUAAAUGGAAUUGUUGCUGAUCAGGGAGUUCGGCCUGUGGCAGAUGUUGAAAAAUUCACAUCAUCUGGAAGCACUACUGGUUCAAGUUGGGGGAUUUCAUCAAUUUUCGGCGGUAGUGAUAACCGUGUAUCGGCCAAAGAGAUCUCAACCAACAAGACAUAUAGUGAACCUGUCCAGAGCGUAGAACAUUCAAUUUCUAUGAUCCAUUUGAAGGAGCCACCAACCAUCUUGAAGCCUUCGGAAAGCCAUUCAGAACAGGAGGCAAUUGAAAUUUCAGUCACUAAACUGCUGCUACGAUCAUAUUAUGACAUUGUCAGGAAGAAUAUUGAGGAUGCUGUACCUAAAGCCAUCAUGCACUUCCUGGUAAACCAUACAAAAAGAGAACUUCACAAUGUCUUCAUUAGAAAGCUUUACAGAGAGAACCUGUUCGAAGAGAUGUUGCAGGAACCUGACGAGGUGGCAAUGAAGAGAAAGCGCACUAGUGAAACACUCCGAGUUCUUCAACAAGCUUUGCGGACCUUGGAUGAAUUGCCACAGGAAGCUGAAACAGUAGAAAAAGGUUACAGUUUAGGUUCUUCUGAUCCAACAGGGUUGCCAAAGAUCCAUGGGCUUCCAACAUCAUCAUUAUACACCACAAGCGGUGGUUCAACCCAGUCCUACACAGCUUCUCCUAAGAACCCAAAGUCCCGUAAAUCAUCUCACUCGGGUGAGCUACAAUCGCCUUUCCAUGGUAAUGCAGAUAGCAAUGGAGGUGGACGCAGUUACAUGCCUGGUCUCUAUCCUACACUUGAUGCAUAAAAGCCGCUGGCAGAUGGUCCGAGGGCCUUGUGGUAGAUCAAUAGUAGUAAUCAAGUCAUUAUAUUCAUUCGAUUACUCUCUGUCCAACUUUGUCACAAGAUGUGGGUAUAUCCACAUGGAGCUGGCUCGAUGGGGAGUGGAUAUUUUCUUCUAACAGAAUAUGCUACGCCAGAUGUAAACCAUUCCUUUAGCCUCCAUAUAUUUCCUUUUGGUUCCUUCCUCAAAUAUAGUUGGCUAUAAAAUGUAUUGUUUUGCACGGCUCCUAGAGAAUAAUACAGGAGCUUGUGAUGGUUGCAGAAAUAAUUGCUAUUAUUAUUAUUAUUAUUCUUUUCCCGCU